AUGACCUUCCAAAGAUUUGAUUUCAUCCAUUUAUGGUGGUGGAGAAUUCUCAUAAGUUCUCUCCUUGGAGCACAGUGUUUCGGGCUUAACGAUGACGGGCUUCUCUUGCUAUCUUUCAAGUACAAUAUUUUGAGUGAUCCAUAUGGUGCUCUACAGAGCUGGAAUUACCAUGAUCAAACACCAUGUUCGUGGAAUGGUGUUACCUGUGGCACUCCAGGCUCUGCCGAUGCGUAUUUACGUGUCACGGGCUUGUCUCUUCCAGAUUCAGGGCUUCUUGGUUCAAUUCCAGCCACUCUUGGUAUGAUCCAGCAUCUUAGAAAUCUAAAUCUCUCCAGCAAUUCUAUUAAUGGUUCGAUUCCCUCUUCUCUUUUUACCGCUUCUGAGCUUCAAAUUCUUGAUUUUUCCAACAACGUGAUUUCUGGUACACUGCCGGAGCUUGUAGGAAAACUCAAUAAUCUUCAGGUUUUAAAUCUUUCCGACAAUGCCAUCGCCGGGAACAUACCGGAAAAUCUAACAACUCUUCAGAAUUUAACUUGCAUUUCUUUGAGGAAUAAUUAUUUUUUUGGUGCACUUCCUGGUGGGUUUAAUUCAGUUCAAGUUUUAGAUCUGUCUUCCAACUUGAUUAAUGGAUCAUUACCUCCAGAUUUUGGAGGCAAUAAUCUGAGUUACUUUAACGUGUCAUUUAACAGACUCUCCGGCAAAAUCCCACCGGAAUUUGCCACCAAAAUUCCUUCUAGUGCAACAAUAGAUCUUUCAUUCAAUAAUUUGACCGGUCCAAUUCCAGAGUCCAACGUUUUCUCUAACCAAGCCACCAAAUCAUACUCCGGCAAUCCUGAAUUAUGUGGGAAGCCACUGAACAAUCCUUGUCCAAUUCCAUCUUCAAUUGCAACUCCGCCAAAUACUUCUGCAUCACCAGGUUCUCCACCAGCAAUCGCCGCCAUACCCAAGACCAUAGACUCAACUCCGACAACUGCUUCACCAGGCGGCACCACCGCAAGUCCACCACAAGGAAAAAAAAGUGGGCUUAGAACUGGAACUAUCCUAGCAAUAGUAAUUGGAGAUGUGGCUGGAAUUGGAAUCGUAGCACUGAUUUUCAUGCGCGUAUAUCAUCUGAAGAAAAGGAAAAGGAUAGAAGGUACGAUAAAAGAAGAGGCAGAAAGUGAAAAAGAGUUUGACUGGGCAUCUUCUUCAUCUUCCGAGGAAGAAUACAACUGGUUAAGAACAUGGACUUGUUUGAAGAAACAGAGGCACGCCGAGGAUGAAGAAAUCCCAAAUUCAGACAGCAAGGAGAACGAGGUUCUUUCCGAAGAUCAAGAAAAUCACCCACCCCAAGAACAGAAAAAUGGUUCGCUUGUAACUGUCGAUGGCGAAAAGGAGCUAGAAUUAGAGACUUUGCUGAAGGCCUCGGCCUACAUUUUGGGUGCAUCAGGGUCUAGUAUAAUGUACAAGGCAGUUCUUGAAGAUGGCACCACAUUGGCAGUCCGCCGAAUAGGCGAAAAUGGUGUGGAGAGGUUCAGGGAUUUCCAUAAUCAGGUUCGCGUAAUUGCUAAAUUGGUGCACCCAAAUUUGGUUCGGAUUCGAGGAUUCUAUUGGGGCACUGAUGAGAAGCUGGUCAUCUACGAUUUUGUUCCCAAUGGCAGCCUGGCUAAUGCACGUUACAGGAAAGUUGGCUCUUCACCUUGCCAUUUACCAUGGGAAAUGCGGCUCAAGAUAGCAAAAGGCGUUGCCCGUGGACUGUGUUAUAUCCAUGAGAAGAAGCAUGUGCAUGGCAACCUCAAGCCCAGCAAUAUUCUGUUUGGCCCUGAUAUGGAGCCCAAGAUCGGAGAUUUUGGGCUCGAAAGGCUUGUAACCGGCGAUAACAGUUACAAGGCUGGUGGAUCGUCUCGGCAUUUUGGUAGCAAGAGGUCCACAACCUCUCGCGAAAGCUUCCAAGAUUUUGCUAGUGGGGCUACCCCGAGCCCCAGUCCAAGUGCUGUAGGCGUAUCGCCCUAUCAUGCACCGGAGUCAUUGCGAAGUCUCAAACCCAACCCAAAAUGGGACGUGUUCUCAUUUGGUGUAGUGUUGCUUGAAUUACUGACAGGUAAAAUCAUUGUUUCGGACGAAAUGGGCCCGGGCUUAGCACUCGCGGCUACCACAUCAUCGGUUGAGGAGAAGGGAAAAGUGUUGAGGAUGGCUGACGUGCCGAUCCGAGCUGACGUGGAGGGAAAAGAGGAUGCUUUCUUGGCACUACUAAAAUUAGGAUACAGUUCCAUAUCUCCUGUCCCGCAAAAGAGACCAUCCAUGAAAGAGGUCCUUCAAGCACUCGAGAGGUUUCAAACUAGUUCAUUUUCUUCAUCAUACCAUUAUGUUCAUUAG